UGGAUCAUGGACGUGCUGGUGUGCAACGGGCUGGGCAUCUACUGCGGCAUGAAGACGCUCGAGUGGCUCUCCCUGAAGACGUACAAGUGGCAGGGCCUCUGGAACAUCCCCACCUACAGGGGCAAGAUGAAGCGGAUCGCCUUCCAGUUCACGCCUUACAGCUGGGUGCGCUUCGAGUGGAGGCCGGCGUCCAGCCUGCGGCGCUGGCUGGCCGUGUGCGGCAUCAUCCUCGUGUUCCUGCUGGCCGAGCUGAACACCUUCUACCUGAAGUUCGUGCUCUGGAUGCCGCCCGAGCACUUCCUGGUGCUGCUGCGCCUCGUCUUCCUGGUCAACGUGGGCGGCGUGGCCAUGCGCGAGAUCUACGACUUCCUGGACGACCAGAAGCCGCACAGGAAGCUGGGCCAGCAGGCCUGGCUGGUGGCGGCCAUCACGGCCACGGAGCUGCUCAUCGUGGUGAAGUAUGACCCGCACACGCUGACCCUGUCGCUGCCCUUCUACAUCUCCCAGUGCUGGACGCUCGGCUCCGUCCUGGUGCUCACCUGGACCGUCUGGCGCUUCUUCCUGCGGGACAUCACCUUGAGGUACAAGGAGACGCGGCGGCAGAAGCAGCAGAGCGACCCGGGCAGCACCGCGGGCAGCGAGGACGGCCCCCUGGAGCUGGACGAGGAGCUGUCUGGGCCCGCCGGCGGGCAGCCGCAGACAGACCUGCCGUCGGCCACCUCCUGAGCCCCCCAGGCCUCGGCCUCGGCCUCAGGGCUGCUCUGUACUGGCCUGCGGCUUUGCCCUCGUGUGUGUGCACACGUGCUGUGUGGCGUGGCCUGAGCAGGGGCUGCUGAGAUGUUCCGGGCCGAUGAGGGCGGCGGCUGCGGGGCUGGGGUCCUGCCCCCCGGUGUUGGGGCUGUGCAGUCCUCCUUCCAGUCCAGACCCCUGGGCACAGGCUCGUGGUCAGCCAGGCAGGGCAGGUGCAGGGAGCCCAGCCCGGGAUGUCUUGGCUUUACCGUGAGAGUUGAGGGGCUGGGCCACCGUGCCCCACGUGAGCACAGGUUCUGGUGCAGCGCCUGGAAGAGCUGGAGACGGCGCAGGUCCCUGGGCCCCAGCACCCGCCUGGGGGACUCGAGGAAGCCCCUUGCUCUGGCCCGGCCCAGCCCUGGCUGUUGUGGCCGUUUGGGGAGUGACCCAGCAGAUGGAACCUUGUUUCCCUGUCACUCUGCUCUUGAAAUAAAUACUUAAAAAGGA